AUGAAUAAUACUCAUGAUUCAAUUAUCAUUUCAGUUCUUGGAAAUAAGGUACUCUUAAAACAUAUCAUUUCCUUUCAAAAAGAACAAAGAGAUAUUCAUAUCUCGUUAGGUGAAAUCAAAGGAGCUCUUCAUCUCUAUAAACACUUCAAUGACACACAAACAAUCAUUGAUUACGGAUAUCAUAGCUUACUCAGUGAUCGUAUCAAGUCAGGUCAUCAUCUUCGAUUCAAUGCAUCAUCAGCAGAAUCACUAUGUAGAAAGGUUACUGAUAUCGAUAUCUUCACAACCGUCUACAAUGACAAGAGAAUAUAUUUCACCAAUCCCAAACUUUUGUUGACAGCGAUUCAGUUUGGAAAUUUAACAGCGUUGAUUACUCUUUUGAAACAAGUAUAUCCCGUUGACCUUGCCAAUCACUACACCAUCGAUGAUCUCAUUGAUAAAGCAGUGACCUCUUAUCAAUAUGACAUUGCCAAGUUUCUCAUUGAUGAAUUCUGUAGCAGCAACAACAACAACAACAAUGAAGAAUCUUCAGAGAGUAUUCCAACUUUAAAAGAAAGAUUUCAAGAUAGAGCCAAACAAAUCUUUGAAAAUCCAAACAUUCAAGGUUUACCUUUUACCAAUUUGAUUUUCUUGUCUGCAAGCACUCUUGAUGGUAUCGAGUUGAUUCUUCAGCAAUUUAAAAUCUAUUUCCCUAGUGUACAAGAACUCCAAUUCGAUGUUGACCAAUACUUCUCUAAUGCUGUAAAUGACAACAGCUAUCCUAUGACCAAGUGGAUUCAACAACUAUAUUGUCUUUGUAAAGUUUACGGAUUGAUUGAAAGUGUCGAUCAGUUCCAUCGUCAAUGUGAUGAAUUACUUCAACGUUCGAUAUCCAAAAGUAAUGAAAUCAUCGAGAAUUAUAAGACCGUUACAGCUACUUUGGUUGACAACAUUGUCAAGCCAGACCUUCAAACAAUGAAUAACUUUGUUCAGUUGACAAUGUUAAUCAAAUUAUGUAACGAUGGUAACUUUCCAAUCGUGGAAACACAUGACAUCAAGCACAUUCUCCAACGUUCAACCAGUCAUGCUUAUAUCAUUCCAUUCCUGCUUGAUAUUGUUCUAGAAUCCAAAACUUUUAACAUUAUACUUCAAGACUUACUUGAUAGUUCACCGUCAUUUGAUGGUGUCAUUAUUGGUUGCCUUUACAAUCUUCCUUCCGGUCUUUGGUCACAAACUGUUUAUCUCCUUCAAUUUUCUCAUUGGAUUAGACAAAUCAAGAUUGCAAUAAUCAAAGGCGAUCUUCUCAAACUCAAAACAUUACUUUCGGAUUCAAAUUUCAACAUUGGAGCAGACCAAUCCAGCAUGAGUGUUCUCAUUAAAUUAGCCAUAGACAAUGAGAAGAUAAACAUCUUUGAAUAUCUCAUUGUUGAAAAAGGUGCUGUCGACAAAAAUAUUUGGAAAACGAUUGGUGUUAUUGGUAACAGUUCAUUUUUACAACUUUUAUGCAAAUCACCACCAAACAAUGAUUUUAACUCUUUGAAGAAGAUGUUUAAGUUGGUACAUAAAGAAGCUAUCUCAAGCGAUUUGAUAGAUCCAAUCCGAUAUAUCUUUGACCAGUACGAAGAGUAUGAAAAGAUGUAUUGGUAUGACGCAAUCAAUUCAGGUAGCAUUGAAAUGAUUGGUCUUUACUUGAAUCGAUUCAGGCACAAUGAAGAGCUUAUACUCUCCCACAUUAAAACAGCUAUCGAACAUGGCCAAAUAGAGAUCUAUCAAUUAUUGGUUGACAAUCUUAAAGGUACUUUGAUAAAUGAUAGGUUGACACCAAAUAUCGAACCUGAAUCUCAAGAGGAUGAGCUAUAUCCAAUGUAUCUCUACCGAUUGAAACACGAAUCAAUCAAUUAA